AUAAUGACGAAUUUGCCUCUAAACGAAAUUAUUGUUAUGGUAAAUGCAUAAAAUGUAAUCGUUUUAUAUAUCAACCUGAUGAACCUGAUGAAUUUGAUGAAUCUGAUAAUUGUGAAAGUUUUGAUGAAAAAUUGAAAAUAACCGAAGAAUUUGACGUUGCUAAUAAUAUAAUUCCUGAAUUAUCAAUAACUUUACGAGAACAUUUACUUGUAGAUGUCGUACACACAAGUAAAUUUAUUAAUACAUACGACAUUUUACAACGUUUUAAUGCGAAAAGUGCUCAAUAUGACACUACAGAUUCAUCCUUUAGUGAUCUCGAAGUUCCAGGUUCUAAUGAACCUAAACUAUUUUAA